AGUACCAGAAAAAUAAAAAAAGUUAAAAAUGAAAAAUUCUUUAAACUAAUCUGACCAUAGCAAAUAUACUGAAUUCAAACAUGUUUAGAGCAGUAUAUUCCGUAUCUAGAUUGGCUAGAUUCACCACUGUCAAACCAAUAACACCAAUAAACUUUAUUCCACAAAGGUCAUUCCACUUUUCCCCAGCAUUGUUGGCUAAACCAAAGAAUAAGAAAAGUAAUAACAAGAAGGGUUCAGUUAAAGAGGAGGAAGAAGAAAAAAAUACUGAAGAGAUUUCUAUUGAUUUCGAUGCUGCUACAGACAAAUUCGAUGAUUUAAUUCAAAAGUUUAAUAAAUCUGCUCUGGAAAUUAAAAUGGGUAAGACUAAUCCAAAGAUUUUCGAUAAACUUCAAGUCACCAUUGAUGCUGAAGAACAACCAUUUACUUCAUUAGCUCAAACGUCUAUUAAGGGUCGUAAUUUCAUUAUCACUUUGUUCGAUCCAAGUAAUGGUAAACAUAUCAUCAAUAGUAUCUUAGGUUCCGAUUUAAAUUUAAGUGCUCAAGCAGAUCCUACCAAUAAAUAUACCUUAAAAGUUCCAUUACCUUCCAUAACUUCAGAAACCAAAAAGGAAAGUGCUAAACAGUUGAAAGAAAUAUUUGAAAAGUUCAAGAAUGGAAAUACAAAGAGUUCUCCAUCCUUGGCCAUUAUCAGAACUGAAAUAAGGUCAAAAUUCGAAAAACAAUUGAAAAGUCAUAAAAAGAAAGACUCUGAAUUAAAAGAAUUAACAAAAUUCGAUAAAUUACAUAAACAGUAUGUAGAUAAAUUAACUGAGUCUUUUAAAACUGCUGAAGCAGCAAUUUUAAAAUAAGACUUCUUGUAUAUAUA